UGCUAGCGCGGCCAAGCGGUCCUACCGGGAGCUAUUACCAUUACCACCAUGGUACGCUGGUGCACGGCCAGUUCCUUCGUUGGACUACUGCUGGGCUGCUGGUCGGUAGCUCAGGCCCAGCUGUCCACCAAACGGUACCGUCCGCCGGAUCUGUUCAUGUACGACGACUUCGAGCAGUGUCAGGCUCGCUCGUCGGCCUCGGUGUACUGCUAUGCCCGGACCAUCCUGCGAGUGGAUCAGUUUCCGGCCGGCUUCGUUGUGCCCAACACGGAGAGUACGGACCGGAUCAUCUUCAACCAUCGUCGACAGUUUCUGGAGCUUGGGGUCUGCAUCGCGGACUGCCAGGAUGAAGUGGGUGCGUUGGGCGAAAAAGAACGAAGUGCUCUGUUUCAGCCCAAAAUACCCGUUAAUUUCACUUCACUGCUGCCCAACGCGCUCUUUCCCACGAUGCCGGCCGACAAGCGGCGCUACGAGUCGCUGGUGAACAUUUGCAUAAACCGGCGCUUGCGUGCCAAAUACAACAUCUCCGGCUACACGGCGCUCGAGUUCUGCCGUCCACCCCGUAACACUCCACCGGAUCGAUUCUCGCUCUUGGAACUACUUUUCAUCUCCACAACGGUCGCGUUGUUCGGUACAGUGCUGGUCGCAACUCUGCGCGACCUUCGCCGCGGUUCGGAGGGUAACAGCGUAGUGGCCGCUUUUUCCGUCCGUCAAAACUGGAACCGACUGAUGGCGGACCCAACGUCCAGCUUGUACCGGGAGCUGGUCCACAUCGACGGGCUGCGGGUGAUCGUGAACCAUCUGGUGAUACUACUGCACAGCGUCCUGGCCGCCAGUGUCGCACCGUCGCGCAACUUUGCCGACCUGGAGCAGCUCUUGCAGCGCUAUCCGGCGCUCGUGUACCUAACCUCGAACGCCUUCCUGGUGCAGAUAUUCUUCACCAUCGGUGGCUACCUGCUUGCGGUCAACUUUCUGCGCGAUGCCGUCAAGCAACCGAUCGACUCCUGCUACGUGCGGGGCAAGCUACUCCAGCGCCUGCUUCGUCUUCUGCCCGUCUACGGCUACUUUCUGCUGUUCUCCGUCAGCCUGAACGUUCGCUUCGACACGAAUAUGAACGGUUUUCGGUUGUUCACCGUCGAGAAUGCCGUCUGCCGGCAGAACUGGUGGGCCAAUGUGCUUUUCAUCAACAAUUUCCCGUGGCCUGAAGAGCUGUGCCUCAUGCACACUUGGUACUUGGCGGCUGACUUUCAGCUGUUUUUGCUAGCCCUCGGAGUGCUGCUGCUAAUCCAUCGGUGGCCGCGUGCAGUUGGGUUGCUGUUCUUCGUCGGCACCGUUCUGUCCCUGUGGAUCCCGGCGUACAUUACGCACCGCAAUAAAUUGCAUCCGGUGUUGCCGAUUAAGCUGAGUGAGGCCAAAUUUAUCGUCAUGUACGAACCCUGGAUACGACAGAUUUACUUGCCCAGUUAUGCCAACACCGGCAGCUACCUUGCCGGGUUCAUUGCCGGCUACCUCCAUCACCGCGUGGUCCACCACAAACUUCAGCUGCAGGAGUAUUCCCUUUAUCGGGCCAUCGAAAGCUCUAUCACACCGCUGCUGGCGGCGGUUGUUCUACUCACCGGUGUCUGGUACAGUGUCGACGUGCCCAAGCCAUCGCUAUGGGUUUCGCUCUACAGCACGCUGUACAGGAACGUUAUAGGAGUGUUUGUAGCCAUCUGCUUCCUGCGCAGCAUAAACACUCCGAAGGGACACUUUCGCCGGAUCCUGGGCUCCAAACUGUUGACCACUCUCGGCAAGCUAACCUACAGCGUGUACGUGCUUCACGACGUCGUGAUGCGUUUUCUGUUGCUCCACGAGCACGCGAAUACGCACAUCAGUCUGCCAAAGUUCCUCAGAUCCGUUUAUCUGGUCAACGGGGCAUCGUUCGCCGGGGGGCUGCUGGUGUUCCUGGUCAUCGAGCAACCGAUGAUACAACUCCUGAAACCGGCCAUCGAUAGGAUGUGCACCCGUCGUUCCCCACAGAAACAGCUUUAACGGCCGAACGCCCGAUUCCGUCCUUUUUCCCCGUUCCAUUUUUGUCACAA